GCUGACCAGCCAAUCAAAGCUCCAAAUCUCAGGGGAAAACGAUUUCCAACCGUCCAACGUUGCCUCUUGUUUCUCUCCUCUCCUGCCGCUCGAGUCUCGACCCCCCAAAAAAGGGAGGGAGAUUCCGCACGCCAAUGAAACCCUAACCCUAGAAUUCUCCCCACAAGAGCCCGCAUUUUUUCUUUUCCUAUCCAUGCGGAGGAAUUAAUCCCAAAACCUCGAUCCCGAGAUCUCCAGUUCCCCAAAAGUCACAUAAAAAUCCGGUUUCUUAUUUCGUUAAUCGAGAUGCGGGGCGCGUUCUACCCUCAAGCCCUAGAUUUGGGGCAUUCCUUCCCCCACCACCUCUUCGCCGACCGCCUUCCGGUGUCCUCACCGCCGCCGACGGCCGCCGCCCUCACCCAGGACGACCUCAAGCGCAUCGCCGCCCACCGCGCCGUCGACCUGGUCGAGUCCGGCAUGGUCCUCGGCCUCGGCACCGGCUCCACCGCCGCCCACGCUCUGGACCGCCUCGGUGACCUCCUCCGCCGGGGCGUCCUGCGCGACAUCGUCGGCAUUCCCACCUCCCUGAAAACCGCUGCCCACGCCGCCGCCGUUGGCAUCCCGCUCUCUGACCUCGACGCCCACCCCGUCGUCGACCUCUCAAUCGACGGUGCCGAUGAGGUCGAUCCCGCGCUCAACCUCGUCAAGGGCCGCGGCGGCUCCCUCCUCCGGGAGAAGAUGAUCGAGGGCGCCAGCCGCCGCUUCGUGGUCAUCGUCGAUGAGUCCAAGCUGGUCCCUUGCCUUGGGGGAAGCGGCCUCGCCGUGCCCGUGGAGGUGGUCCCCUUCUGCUGGAAGUACACCCUCGGGCAGCUCGAGAGGCUGUUCGAUAACGAUCCUGGAUUCAAUGCAAAGCUGAGGACUUUUUCCGAUAAGGAGGGGGUUGAGAUGCCCUUUGUUACGGAUAAUUCGAACUACAUUAUCGAUUUGUACUUCGAGAGGGGGAUCAGUGGCGAUCUGGAUGCCGUGAGUGAUUCAAUGCUGAGGUUCCCCGGGGUCGUGGAGCACGGGAUGUUUCUGGGUAUGGCGACGUCCGUGAUCGUGGCUGGGAAGAAUGGCGUAACUUUCAUGGAGAAGUAGAGGGGGGAGCCACGGCCUCUUGAGGUAAUUACAUUGAGCAAGAAAAUUUUGAUUUUUAUUUGUCUUGUGUCCUGCCUCUUGCAGGGAAUUGAUGGCAUUUUUUUUUUGGACUAGUACUCCGUGGAGGGUACAAUUUUGUUGUAGUAUUUUAUGGAAAUUUUGUUUUCCGAUGAAUGGUGAAAUCUAUGUUGUAGGAGGAGGGGAGAAUUGGAGUUCCAUGGCUUUUUCCGUGGGUUUUGUUGCUAAUCUAGUAUUAGUAAAAUGGAUAUGAUAUUAAAAUGAGUUGGAU